AUGGGUUCCCAGAAUGAAUCUCUACUUGGAGGAGAAUUCUCUUCAGUCUACAAUCAAAGAAUCCCCAAAAAGAAGAAAUCUUGGAUAAUGUUUGUAUUUGAACUGUUAAACUUUUUAUUAGUUGGAGGCUUGCUCUUCUACGUCUACUCUGAAACCAAUGCCAGUCCAGUAGGAAAGAAAUAUUCCCACGGUCCCUCGAAGAAAAACAUCAUCUUCAUGGUAACUGAUGGGAUGGGUCCUGCUUCCCUUUCUCUUGCUCGUUCAUUCAAGCAACAAAGAGAUAACUUGUCAAUUGAUGAUAUUUUAGAGUUAGAUCAUCAUUUGAUUGGUUCUUCUCGUACCAGAUCCUCCGACUCCUUGAUCACCGAUUCUGCCGCUGGUGCUACAGCCUUUGCCUGUGGUCUCAAGUCGUACAAUGGUGCCAUUGGAGUAAAUCCAGACAAAAUCCCAUGCGGAACUAUUUUAGAAGCAUUGAAGCUUCAAGGUUACUUUACAGGGUUGGUUGUCACCACUAGAAUUACCGACGCAACCCCUGCUUCCUUCAGUGCACACGUAGACUCUAGAUCUCAAGAAGAUUUGAUUGCUGAACAACAACUUGGUGACUCUCCGUUGAAUAGAGUUGUUGACUUGAUCAUUGGUGGAGGUAGAUGUCACUUCUUACCCCCAUCAAUUGAAGGUGGUUGCCGUGCCGAUGAAAGAAACUUGGUUGAAGAAGCCCAAGCUCAAGGUUGGAGUUAUGUUGAAUCCAGAACUGAUUUUGAUUACUUGCAAAAUGGUGACAAUGUCACUUUGCCACUUUUAGGAUUAGUUGCUGAAAAGGAUAUUCCAUAUGAUAUUGACAGAAAUGCUUCUCAAUACCCAUCAUUGGCAGAACAAGCCAAGGUUGCUUUGACAGCUUUAUCUAAGGCUUCUGAAGAUUCUGACCAAGGUUUCUUUUUGAUGAUUGAAGGUUCCAGAAUUGACCACGCUGGACAUGACAACGAUCCAGCUGCUCAAGUUCGUGAAGUUUUAGCCUUUGAUGAUGCAUUCAAGCAAGUUUUGGAGUUUAUUGAUGAAACUGAUACCGAAACCAUUGUGAUUUCUACUUCUGACCAUGAAACCGGUGGAUUAGCCACUGCAAAACAAGUUGAUCCAGCGUAUCCACAAUAUUUAUGGUACCCUGAAGUUUUAUUGAACAGUACUCACUCUGGAGAAUACUUGACCAAAAAGAUUCUUGAUUAUGCCAAUAAAGAUGACGUGCAACAAUUCAGUGAUUUCAUUUCCAAGGAAAUUUUAGAAAAGGAUAUGGGAAUUUUAGAUUAUACCGAAGAAGAACUUUCAUUGGUUAAAAAUGCCGACAAGAGUAAUUUACUGUAUGCAUUGAACAACUUGAUUUCUAUCAGAUCUCAAACUGGAUGGUCCACUCACGGACAUUCUGCUGUUGAUGUUAACAUUUAUGCUUACACCAAUUCUAAAGAGAUUAGAAAGCAAUUAUUGCAAGGCACUGCGAACCACGGUUUAUUGGGAAACCAUGAAAACACUGAAAUUGGAUCCUUUUUGGAACGUCUCACUGGUGUUGAUUUGAGAAAUGUUACUGAAUUGAUUAAAGAUAUCAGACAUGCACCAAGUGCCAGUGAAUUAGCUGAAAGAUCAUUCGAAGAAGGCAGUCUUGAAAAGAGACAUCAUCUUAGAGACCUUUAG